AAAGUUGCCUUAAAAUGUUUACAUAACUCACAAAAUAUCACCAAUGAACUUUUACAUGAGGCUAAGGUGCAUUCAAUGAAAAAAUCUAUUUAUAUUCUAAAUUUUUAUGGGAUAUCCCAAAAUCCAGAUUCUAAAGAAUAUAUUAUGGUUCUUGAUUAUAUAGAAGGUGGAGAUUUUAAUAAGUGGAUGACUAAAAAUCAUAAUAAAUUUAAUUGGUCAUAUAAAUUACUUUCAUUAUGGAAUACUAUUAGAGGUCUCAAAGAAAUUCAUCAAAAACAGAUGGUUCAUCGUGAUUUUCAUACUGGAAAUGUAUUAGUUAAGAAUGAAUAUUGGCCAUGUAUUUCAGAUAUGGGAUUAUGUGGAAAAGUUGAUGAUAUAGAUGAAACAAAAAUUUUUGGAGUUAUGCCUUAUGUAGCUCCAGAAGUAUUAAAAGGAGAGAAAUAUACUCAAGCAGCAGAUAUAUAUAGUCUUGGCAUGUUUAUGUAUUUUAUAGCCACUGGAAAACAACCUUUUUACAAUCGUGCACAUGAUCAAUAUUUAGUGAUAAGCAUAUGCGAAGGAGUUAGACCCGAAAUAAAUGAGCCAGAAGCACCAAUAUGUUAUAUUGAUUUAAUGAAGAGAUGUUGGGAUUCAAAUCCAGAUAAUAGACCAAAUAUAAAUGAAAUAUUUGAAUUAAUGGAGUUAUUUAAUGAUUCCAAACAUAAUGAAAUUGGAAAGCAAUUGAAAGAAGCAGAAGGAUACAGAAAAGCAAAUCCCUUAUCAAUUGAAGUUAUUCAGUCAAAUACUCAUCCACAAGCUAUUUAUACAUCUCGAUUACUUAACUCCUUUACAAAAAGCCUUUCGAAAUACGAUAAUGUUGAUAGUAAUUCAGUAGAAAUUAUAGACUUUACGAAGUUAUGCUAA